AUGGCCGCCGCCAACGGCACCCUCACCCCGCCGUCGCUCCCGCCCGCGCCCCCGUCGCCGUCGGCCGCAAAACGCAAACUCGACGACACUCAUGCCAUUGUCACCAAUGGCGCAUCCACGCCCGCGCAAGCCCCGACCGUAAAUGGAAAUGCGCCUUCUCUGCAGGCGGUACUAGGAGACAUAAUAGCAGUUUUGAAAAGGUACGAGAGUUGGGGGAGAGACCCCCGCUUCCACGCCUACGACACGCAACCUUCCAUCCUAUCUCACCCCAUCACCUCCUCGAUAACGCGAUCUGCCUCUGGGGAAGCCGACUCGAAGCGCACCAAGCUGACCCCGCCCACUGGACCUGUUACCAUCAGCAGUCUGGUACAAGAUGGAGCAUACGACACCCUACAGGCACUUGUCAAGGAUGUUGAGAGCGCUACGACAGAGAUUCUCGCCUCUAGCGGUGCAAGCGACUCGUCAGCCGUGCCAGCGUCACCCGAACACACGGCGCUACAAGCAAAGGUGCUCGCUUUUGAGACCAUGUUGAAGAGUCUGGUGGGGAGAGAAGAGGCGCGCAGAGCCCAUGUUCAGGGAAGCGAGGUCGAUGCGGACGCGCAGGCCGAGCCCUCCAACGAAGACGGCACCCCAGUGCACAUCAAGGAGGAAGAGCAAGAGGCAGAUGUGCCCCAGAGCCGGACAGUCCUCACUCUAUACGGAAGUGCGCCGCCGAAGCAAUUGUUCUCGAGCUUGCAACAGCCCCAAAAGGUAGCCCCUGCUGACGGCGUAUCCACCCUCGAUACUUCCGUCAAGAUCACCCUACCCCUGCGCGAGACAAACCUGCCGAACCUUAUCUCAACGACAGAGGUGUACCCCCUCCCAGAACCAGAUAGCAAGAAGAAAGUCGCUACCAUUGGAGAAGUCUUCCGGGCCCCUUCCCAUCUGCCACAGAUCAGCCCACCCAAAUCUGCUCGACCGACAACGAGCAAGGGCAAUAGCACCAUUACUUUUGCGCACCAGGAGCCACCCAAGCCUCGACGCAAGGGAUCUCAGUCGUAUGCCCAUCAAACUCUUUCUGCUGGUUUCUGGCUAGGCUAUGGCGGAGUGGAUAUGCCCAAAGACCAGACAUCGCCAACAGCGAAGCAAAAGAGCAGACAGCGGGCCCUCAGCAUGGGCGAGGCGCAACAACCGCCUUCUGAGGCCAUACUCGUUGCCGUUCAACAGGCCAGGGAAGAUGCUCUGUUUCGAAGUGCCUACUCUAGCUUCGCCCCAACCCGAGACGAUACCUCGGCCAUCAUCCCUGAGGAGACCAAGAACAUGGUGUGGUGGCAAAAGGUCGGGGAGAAGCGCUUCAAUGAAAUGUUCCCGAUUGAUCCGGCCCUGCUCGACGCUGAAGAGGCCCAACGAGUGAUUGCCAAUUGCACCGCUGAUGAAGAAGAACAGUUCAAGGAGGCUGUGGACAACUUCACGCCACUUGAGUACCAUGGUGCACUUGAGAAGGAAGAGAAGAGCCAAGAAGAAAAGGACACAGAUGAGGUGCUCAAGGAGAUCUCCGAGCUCCUGGAAACAUUGGCGUCGUAUCAGAGGAUACGAAAUCUCUCCCUUACGACCAACCCGCGUACUCCCGUUGUGCAAAAUGCUUCACUAGCAACUUUGGCCGGCAGCCCAUCAACACCAUCAUCGGAAGAGUUUGACGUAUACGAGAUUCUCAAAUCUCAACUUACCUUGUUGAUUUCACAGCUUCCACCAUAUGCUGUAGCUAAGCUGAAUGGUGAUCAGAUGGAAGAACUCAACAUCAGUCGAACCAUUCUCUUCGAUACAAAGGAAUACAAGGGUGUGUUGGAAGAAGAUCAGCUCUCCAAACUUGCCAAGGCUCCAGCAAUGCCUACCUCUACUCCCGCAGCUCUGGCACGAACAAGCUCUGGAACCAGUGUGCAUUACCCUGCGGGCCACCAAUACAGUCGUCCUGCACCUGCAGUACCUCAGUCAGGCGCUCGCCCAGUGUAUUCUCAACAGCCAUCCCUCCACCGAUCAUCGUCGAUUCACGUGCAGCGCUCGCCUUCAGUUACGUCGCAGACAUUCCAACCAGGUGGCAUAGCCUAUGCGCCUUCGUCUAGGCCAGGCUACCCAGCGACGCCAUCCUACAACCAGCAGACGCCACGACCAAACUACGGGACCACUCCGUCUGGGCAAUAUUUCCCACAGCGUUCGGCGCAACCAAACAGCUACGGCGGUGCCGCUGGCUCGCAGUACUACAACCCUACGCCCCAAGCACAAGGCCAGAACCGUUAUGCAACCCAGCAAAAUCAGAGCAGCUUCUAUCCUCGCUCACAAAAUGUUGCACCUUUGUACAACGGUGGACAGACACCGCAGCAGCGCACUGCGUCGCCUAUGAAGGCUGCACCCACUCCGGCAGCUUAUGCCGCACGGCCAGCAUAUGGCACGCCAAUCUCUGGAGGGCAGAUGCGCAGCACUUACUACGGACCACCACAGUACGCUACUCCGCAGGCUCCCGCUACCACUGCUCCUUACAAUGGCGUGUCCAACAACCCCCAGCAGAUGAUGAUUGAUAGGCAGCAAGCACAGGUAGCGGCCCAAUCGCAAGCCCGGCUCGCCGCACAAAAUAGCUUUAGUAGCAGCAGACAGGGCUCUGGUACGCCUCAACCGCCCAAUGGGUCGAUGUUUGGCGCAAAUGGGGCAUCCAUGUCCACGUAA